CUAGGGCUCUCUGGCGCUCCGGACUAGGGUAUACAUGGUCCUCGUGAGCUUGGCAGCUGAGAGCGCGGCGCCAGCGCGUUGAUCUGGGCAGAGCGGAGCUUCCAAUUCCACUAGUGCCGGCAGUCCGCGAGCUGAAAUUGUGAGUUUCUAGGGGCGAAGAAAUGCGCGAUAGCGCUCCUCGCAGCGAUCCUCACAAUGUAUGACAAUCGCCGUUUAAGAUUCUUUCCCUCUCAGCCAGAGAUUGACAUCUAUCAGAUUAUACGCGAAGCACAGAACAGAUGGUUGAGGCCUCUGGAAGUGAUCGAGAUCCUCCGCAACUACCAGAAGUUCCGGCUCAACCCCGUUCCACCGAAUAAGCCUCCAAGUGGAUCGUUGUUUCUCUUUGAUCGUAAGACACUGCGCUUCUUCCGCAAGGAUGGUCAUAAUUGGCGGAAGAAGAAAGAUGGUAAAACUGUCCGAGAGGCUCACGAGCGUCUUAAGGCCGGUAGUGUAGAUGUUCUUCAUUGUUAUUAUGCUCAUGGAGAGGACAAUCCGAAUUUUCAACGUCGGAGUUAUUGGAUGCUUGAAGGGGCAUAUGAACACAUCGUCCUUGUACACUACAGGGAAGUCACGGAGGGAAGCAGAUCAUCUGUGUAUCGAUCCAUGCAAGAAGCAAAAGAGAAUGCGUCGCAUUCUCGUGCUACGGGACAAAGCCUACCUGCAUCCAAUUCAGCCAUUUCCGACGUUGAGGUGACAGGCCCCUACAAAUCCCCCGAAGCUCCUGUGACGCCCAUCGAAAGUGAAGGCACCGACUCUGGUGAAGAAGGCCACUUUAAUGAAAACAAUGUUGUGGAGCAAUCGUCCUUACUGCAGCAAGUCGCUCAAUCUUCUCCAGUCGCUCCACCCUCUACCAGUGUUCCCGUUGCAGCGGUGCCUGCUGCGGCGAAAAAUCUCGAAGGAGUGGACUAUGACGAUCUUCUACGAAAUCCUGACGCGUAUCUUGGUCAAAAGUCAAUAGAUGCCCAGACAUGGAGUACGUUGCUGGAUAACUUCGGAGGCACCAACACAAUUGAAAAAAUGGAAAGCACUUCUCAAAGCCAUUUCCUAUCUCCCGGUUUUUCAAAUCACGUGUAUAACUCCAUUACACCUACUAAUCACCCUUUUCCACCUGUGAUUCCGACUCCGGAUUCUCAUAAUAUGGAAGUUGAUCUUCGUCAGGCUCAGUAUUCCGCACAAGAUAUUUCCAAAAAACCACAAACCGCUAUUCCGAAUGAUGCUUCCGAAUGCUACAAAGUCGCUCUGCCAGACGUGUUGGUUGAAGACGAGGGGAAAACUUCGUUAAAAAAGCUGGAUAGCUUUGGCCGAUGGAUGAGCCGGGAAAUUGGAGAGGAUAGUCAGAGCUCUUUACUUUCAGGCUCUACUGACCACGCUUACUGGACACUGGACGACCAUAACACGUUCGAUGAGAUUUCAAACUUUACUCAACAAAUACAGGACGUUGGUCUUGGCCCGUCUGUCUCGCAAGAUCAGCAGUUCAGUAUCGUGGAUUUCUCACCGGAUUGGGCGUUUGCAUCAGAAGAAACGAAGGUUAUCGUUGCAGGGAACUUUUUGAAGAGGGGUGCAAGCCCUGUAUGGCACUGCAUGUUUGGUGAAGUGGAGGUUCCUGCAGAGACCAUUCAUGAAGGUGUUCUUCGUUGCAAGGCCCCUAUGCAUUCUCCAGGAAGGGUUCCUUUGUAUAUUACUCUUGGAGAUAGGCUCGCUUGCAGUGAAAUUAGGGAGUUCGAAUAUCGUACCGCGACGAUGAAGCCUGUAGCGGGUAAUCCAGAACAAUUACAGGUUGAAGACGAGGUUUUAGAACAGCGGUUUGCAAGGUUAAUUUCUCUCAACUCCGACGAAGCAACGAAGUCCGAGGAGCAGUCAGAUAAAGUACAGCUAUCGAAGAUCUUGGAACUUACUUCUGGUCUGUGGGAAGAUCCUGAGCCGAGUGAGAGCGAGGUGGGAAGUUCCACAAGAGACACCGUUCUUCAAACGCUGUUGAAGCAGCAACUUCAGAGAUGGCUGCUUGUGAAAGUUUGUGACCGGGAUAAAGGUGCUGCGGUUUUGGAUGCGCAGGGACAAAGUGCGCUUCACUUGGCAGCUGCACUAGGAUACGAUUGGGCCGUCAAUCCCAUACUGGCUGCUGGUGUCGGAGCUAACUUUCGAGAUGUCCACGGUUGGACGGGACUUCAUUGGGCCGCAUCUCGUGGAAGGGAGAAAGUGGUUUCGACACUUCUGGCAGCUGGUGCCUCUCCAGGACUGGUUACUGAUCCUACUCCACAAAAUUCAUCUGGACGUACUCCCGCCGACCUCGCAGCAAGCAGCGGUCACAAAGGAAUGGCAGGAUUACUAGCGGAGAUGUCUCUGACUACUCAUCUCACGUCAUUGACGCUGAAGGAGAGGAACACCGACGAAAUAGACUCGCUGUCUGCUGUUCUUGCCGAAGAGAAAGCCGUAGAGGAUUUCUCGGACAACCAAGCUGCAAAUGGUGGAACCGAUCGGUCCCUGCUCCAAGGCUCCCUCCGAGCUGUCAGAAACGCAGCCCGCGCUGCAGCGCUCAUCCAUGCAAGCUUCCGCCAAGAAUCGUUCAGGAGGCGCCAGGAGAAGAUUGGAGAAGAAAUCGACAACGAAUAUGGAAUGUCGAUGAACGAGAUGAAGGUUUUGGCUUCGCGAAAUGGCGGCGCGAACCGGAAGGAACACUCGGCAGCGACAAAGAUACAGCAAAAGUAUCGCGGCUGGAAAGGUCGCAGGGACUUCCUCCUCCUCCGCCAACGCGUAGUGAGAAUCCAGGCUCACGUUCGCGGACACCAAGUUCGUAGGAAAUUCAGAAAGAUUCUCUGGACGGUCGGCAUACUGGACAAAGCCAUUCUGAGAUGGCGGAGGAAGCGCGGUGGCCUCCGCCGAGCGAGCGCGCAAACUGAAAACACGGACGACGACGACGUCUUGAAAGCCGGCAGGAAACAAAAGGAGGCACAGUUCCAAAAGGCCGUGACGCGCGUCCAGUCCAUGGUUCGCUCGCACGAAGCGCAAGAACAAUAUCAAAGAAUACAGGAAGCUUACCUUCAAGCUGUGGCUGGUGACUCUCAAGCUCGAAACGAGAAUGAACGAGACGAGACAAUGCUGGGCUGACCGGAAAAACUAACAAGCAGUACUCUUAUAUCGGAUAACUUUGGUUUCCUUCUUUCGCCAUUACGUUUUAAGCUUGUUGUUUCUACUAACAUUCGAAUGCUGUCAUUUUUUGCGCGAUAUAUAUAAAUUCCACACCAAAGUUUUUCCAGACCGUUA